AUGAGUUCUGCUGAGCAGCAAGUCUAUGAUGAAUCAGCUGAAUCCUAUUUCCCCAACUAUUCCAAUUCCACUAGAAAAACACUUUUCGAAUUUAUCGAAACUCUUGCGAAUUUCGAUCAAUUCUAUUACAGUAAAAUCGAAUUAGUGAUGUGUAUUCUGGCAAUUUUCAUCAAUCUAUUUCAUGGCUUGGUGUUGGCCCAAAAAUCGAUGCGAACCACUUCAACAAAUGUGGUUCUAUUAGGCUUGUCGGUAAUUGAUGUUUUAUCAAUGACAAUGGAGAUUAAAGACGAUUAUGAUCUACUUUUUCGCUAUGAUGAAUUAUAUGGGUCAUGUGCCGAACCCUCAUCGUAUUUCAAAAUCAUCACUUCACAAAUCCACAUGCUUGGAAUUGAUUUCUUCCGAAGAUUCUCAACAUAUCUCUCCUUGUCCCUAGUCACAAUCCGAGCUUACGCUAUAAGUAACCUUCUCAACCCACGAUAUAACUUUCUCACGAAUCCUAAAACCGGGUGGAUUGCAAUAGUCGUCAAUGCCUUCGUCUGCGGUCUCUUAUGUAUCCCCCUGGUUCUAUCUUACGAUACAAAAAGCACACCAUGGGUUCCACCAAUAGGGUGUGAAGAUAAAUAUCCGAAAGGCUUUAACAAACUGGAAUAUUUCUAUGUUUCUACACCGUGGAUGAUUUUGGAUAUGUUUUCAGUGCAAACUAUGUUGUAUGCCGUGCUUGCUAAACACGUUCCAGUUGUUUUGUUUAUUGUGAUGACUUUGAUGUUGAUUCGAGCGAUCAGGAAGUCCAAACAAGAUCAGGAGAAAUCAGGGAGAUCUAGACAAGACUCCGCUGACAAAACAUCCAAAUUAGUGUUAUUCACCACAAUUUCUGUGAUUGUUGCUGAACUUCCAAUCGGGCUUCUAUAUGUUCUUCAAAGUUUCAGCGAAGGUGUUUAUGGUCUAAUGUGAGUAUGACGUGGAUUCCACGCAAAAACAUGAAUUUCCAGCGUGAUCUCCGAACAACUAAUCAAAUUCUGGUUACUGAUCUAUGUUCUCAACACAACUUCACACUUUGUAAUCUGCUAUAAAUUAUCCUCUCAAUACCGAAAAGCUUGCAGAAAAUUGUUAUGCCUGGAGCCUGUCAAAAAGGUCUCAAUUAGUAGUAGAAUUCCAAAACCAAGUGUUAUUUCAGUGAAAAGUGUGGCGGUUACUGUAGAUAGAUAG